UUGUAUAUGGGUCUGCAACGGGUUUCAUUCCAAUUCGAGAGCAAGUCGUGAGCGGUUGUGUUUCUGAUACGAAUUUUGUGGUCCUAUUGUGCGCGCAUGCGUCUGUCAGCCAGUUUGAAAUCGUGAAAAAUCCUUUUGCCAUACACCAAGCACGCACACAUACGAAUGUGAAGGCGCCACCAAACAAAAGCGAAAAUCAGCAUAAAAUACCUGAGAAUAAGCAAUCACCAUAAUAAACUCAAAACAACAAAAAAAAAAAAAAAACAACAAAAAUUUCAUAAUUAUUGCCUGUGAUUUGUUUACGUUUUUUUUCUGAUUUUUUAUUGUGAGUGAACUUGAACUGCGGGAAAGAGUUACUUUGUACUUUUUCUACCUAACAAAAUUCGAAUUGGAAGUGAAGGGUGUAAGAGAGCGUACACACACAAAUACACACGCGUACAGCGACAAACAAGGCGUAGUAGAAACACCGGCAAACAGCAGCAGCAGCAGCAGAGAAGGAGCGCAAAUAGAAAACGAUAAAAGGCAACGGCCAAUAAAACGAAACUUAUUGAACUCAACAUUGAACGAGAAGAGAGCGAUUGAAGAGAGUGCGCGGCAGAAAGGAUAAUAAGCAAAACUGCAAUUAAAACGGUAAUUAAAGCGGCAGCCCCAGUGACAACAACAACAACAAGAGCAGCAACAGUAAUAACAACAACAACAACAGCAGCAGCAAGAGCAACAAGAGCAAGCAACAAAGAAAAGAGCAAGAAAGUGAUAAAUUGAUUGAUUUACCGGCAGGGUCCAAUCGAUAAAUUUAACAGCCGCCACCAUUGCACCCAUAAGCACCAUGAACGGCCAGAGCUGUGAGCUGGGCCACAGCAAUGGUGACAUUAUAUCACAGAAUCAACAAAAGGGCUGGUGGACCAUUGGUCUGAUCAAUGGUCAGCACAAGUAUAUGACCGCUGAGACAUUUGGCUUUAAGCUCAAUGCAAAUGGCGCCAGUCUGAAGAAGAAACAACUCUGGACACUGGAGCCAUCCAAUACGGGUGAAAGUAUUAUCUAUUUACGAUCUCAUCUGAACAAAUAUCUAUCGGUCGAUCAAUUUGGCAAUGUGCUGUGCGAGAGCGAAGAACGCGAUGCGGGCAGUCGCUUUCAGAUCAGCAUCAGCGAAGACGGCAGCGGUCGCUGGGCGUUGAAGAAUGAAUCGCGUGGUUAUUUUCUGGGCGGUACACCCGACAAACUCGUCUGCACGGCGAAAACGCCAGGUGCCAGUGAAUUUUGGACAGUGCAUUUGGCUGCCAGGCCUCAAGUCAAUUUGCGUUCAAUUGGCCGCAAGCGAUUUGCGCAUCUCUCCGAAUCGCAGGAUGAGAUUCAUGUGGAUGCCAAUAUACCCUGGGGCGAGGAUACGCUCUUUACGCUCGAGUUUCGUGCCGAUGAAGGCGGUCGUUAUGCCCUGCACACGUGCAACAACAAAUACUUGAAUGCUAAUGGAAAGCUGCAGGUGGUGUGCAAUGAGGAUUGCCUGUUCAGUGCUGAAUACCAUGGUGGUCAUUUGGCGCUGCGUGAUCGUCAGGGUCAAUACUUGUCGCCAAUUGGCUCGAAGGCCGUGUUGAAGUCGCGCUCGUCGACGGUGACACGGGAUGAGCUCUUCUCGCUGGAGGAUUCAUUGCCGCAGGCAUCGUUUAUAGCUGGACUCAAUUUGCGCUAUGUGAGCGUUAAGCAGGGAGUCGAUGUGACCGCCAAUCAGGAUGAGGUUGGUGAGAACGAGACGUUCCAAUUGGAAUACGAUUGGUCGGCGCAUCGUUGGGCAUUGCGCACCACACAGGAUCGCUAUUGGUGCCUCUCGGCGGGUGGUGGCAUCCAGGCAACUGGCAAUCGUCGCUGUGCGGAUGCCCUCUUUGAGCUCAUUUGGCAUGGCGAUGGCUCCUUGUCGUUCCGGGCCAAUAAUGGCAAGUUCUUGGCCACCAAGCGUUCGGGCCAUUUGUUUGCUACCUCCGAGUCCAUUGAGGAGAUUACCAAGUUCUAUUUCUACUUGAUUAAUCGACCAAUUCUGGUACUCAAGUGCGAGCAGGGAUUUGUUGGUUAUCGCACGCCUGGCAAUCUGAAGCUCGAGUGCAACAAGGCCACCUACGAGACCAUUCUCGUCGAGCGCGCCCAAAAGGGUCUUGUCCAUUUGAAGGCGCACAGCGGCAAGUAUUGGCGCAUUGAAGGUGAGAGCAUCUCGGUGGAUGCCGAUGCGCCAGCCGACGGUUUCUUUUUGGAGCUGCGCGAGCCAACACGAAUUUGCAUAAGAUCGCAACAGGGCAAAUAUUUGGGUGCUACCAAAAAUGGCGCCUUUAAAUUGUUGGAUGAUGGCACCGAUUCGGCCACACAAUGGGAAUUCUAAGGAGUCGAGAAGUCUCCAAUAUAUCCAAUCUCCAAUGAUAAAGCACGUGUUUAGUAAUAGUAAAAAAAAACUACAUCAAUAAUAAUAAUAACAAAAAAAACAACACGUAUCAAUUUUCCAGAAUUUUUAAAAUGUGUCGACUAAAUGUCCAAAUCAAAAGAAAC